AUGGCGCUUAGCACUACUCAGCUUCGUGAUGAAGCUGUCCGCGACAGAAUCAGACUUGCAACCGAAUUCCUCGACCCCACCGACGAUGAAGCCCGAUCCUACCGUGCCGACAUCGUGCUGAUGCUGAACCGUGGUCUGAGACGACUUGUGGUCAGCGUUGACGAUAUUCGCGCUCAUUCGCGAGAACUCGCGGACGGUAUCCUGCACAAACCGUUUGACUAUUCCCUUGCCUUUGAUGCGGCGUUGAAAAACGUCAUUGGAACCAUACCGAACCGUGCGCCAUUUGAGCAAGAUGAAGACCGACUAUAUUACGUGGCAUAUUCAGGCUCAUUUGGAGAGAACACCUGCAAUCCUAGAACAUUGGGAAGUGCAUUACUUAACAGAAUGGUCUGUUUGGAAGGUAUCAUCACAAAGUGCAGUCUGGUCAGACCAAAGGUUGUCAAGAGUGUGCAUUGGAAUGAGAAAAAGGGCACUUUCAUGUUUAGGGAAUAUAGAGACCAGACUAUGAGUGCUAAUGCUCCAGCAAGUCUGAGCGUUUAUCCACAGGAAGAUGGAGAGGGAAACCCCUUGGUCACAGAAUACGGCUAUUGCACUUAUCGUGAUCACCAGACAAUCAGCAUCCAAGAAAUGCCCGAGCGAGCACCGGCAGGGCAACUUCCCCGAAGCGUCGAUGUCCUUCUGGACGAUGACAUGGUAGACCGAGUCAAACCUGGGGACCGUAUCCAGCUGGUGGGUAUCUUCAGGUCGCUGGGUAACAGAAAUGCUGGAUCAGGAUCGUCCAUUUUCAGGACCCUCGUCUUGGCCAACAACAUCGUUCUGUUAUCUUCAAAAGCCGGCGGAGGAAUUGCCCAAGCCACGAUCACGGAUCAGGACGUGAGAAACAUCAACAAAAUGGCCAGGAAACACAAUGUGUUCGACUUGCUCUCGCAGAGUCUGGCGCCCAGUAUCUAUGGGCAUGACUACAUCAAGAAAGCCAUAUUGCUCAUGCUCUUGGGCGGAAUGGAGAAGAACCUACCAAAUGGCACCCACUUGAGGGGUGACAUCAACAUCCUCAUGGUCGGUGACCCUUCAACGGCUAAAUCUCAACUUUUGCGCUUCGUGCUCAACACCGCUCCAUUGGCAAUUGCGACCACCGGCCGUGGCUCCUCCGGAGUCGGUCUUACGGCUGCCGUCACCUCUGAUAAGGAGACUGGUGAGAGGAGACUUGAGGCUGGUGCUAUGGUUUUGGGAGACCGUGGCGUAGUCUGUAUUGAUGAGUUUGACAAAAUGAGCGAUGUGGACCGUGUGGCCAUCCACGAAGUUAUGGAACAGCAGACCGUCACCAUUGCCAAAGCCGGUAUCCAUACCUCCUUGAACGCCAGAUGCAGCGUGAUUGCAGCUGCGAAUCCCAUUUUUGGCCAAUACGACAGCAACAAGGAUCCUCACAAAAACAUCGCCCUGCCCGACUCCCUUUUGUCUCGUUUCGACCUGCUUUUUAUCGUGACCGACGACAUCGAUGACAAACGAGAUCGGCAGAUCUCCGAGCACGUUCUCCGAAUGCACCAGUAUCGUCAGCCUGGGACUGAAGAAGGAGCUCCCAUUCGAGAACAACCCAACCAAAUGCUUGGAGUGGGCGUUGAAGAAGAUCAGAACGCCAAUCAAACGUCGCUGGUCUACGAGAAAUUCAAUAUCGUCCUUCACUCCGGUUUCAUGGUCGAUGAAAGGAAAAGAGGAAACAAACGAGUCCAGCCCGUCAGCAUGGCUUUCAUCAAAAAAUACAUUCAAUAUGCAAAGAGCAGGUGCAAGCCAGUUUUGACAGAAGAUGCCAGUGACUAUGUCGUCAACGCCUAUGCCAACCUUCGAAACGAUGAAUUACAAGCAAAUAAGCGCCGAACAAGCCCUAUGACCGCAAGAACAUUGGAGACGCUAAUCCGCUUAUCAACCGCCCAUGCAAAGGCACGACUGUCGAGUAGGGUUGAGGAGAGCGAUGCUAUUGCGGCGGAAGAGAUUCUCAAAUUUGCUCUCUUCAGAGAAAUUGCGGUCAAAGACAGCGGGCGAAAUAAGAGACGCAAGACCCGUGAUGCCAAUGAUGAUGCUUCACAGGUGGACAGCCAGUCUGGUAGUGACGAUAGUGAUAGCGAUGAUGAUACCCCAUAUCGUGGGACAAGGUCAAAUGGUGCCCGGGGAACAAAGCCACACACCAGAAGUCAGCGCUCAACCCGCACCAAUACCACCACGAAUGGCACAGCACAUGGAAGAGCCAACGGCAACGCGAAUGCCGGAAGCGACGAUUCGGCGGAAUCAGAUGUGCUGGCUAGCUCUUCCCGAGGCCAACGACAGACAGGCACAGAAUCGCAAAUGUCCCGCAUGAGCAUUGCCAGCUCCAUACCCAGUUCCCAGCUACCCUCCACCCAAGCCGACUCACAAUCCCAAGGUCCCAAGACAACACCGUCCGAGGGUCAACAACAGUCAUCCCCACCGGAUUCGGGACCAACAAUUUCGCAGCCACGUCUUGCGUCAUUCCGUGCCGCUUUGGGACCCUUGACCCAGACCUCGCUGUUCCAGAAUGAUAUGGCUACAGUCGCGGAUGUCAGUGCAGCUAUCAAUCAUCGCGUGUCAGAGGCAAGUGGGGCUGAAUUCUCCCAGGAGGAGAUUACUGCUGCACUUAGGUCAAUGAAUGAGGCCAACCAAAUUAUGUUCUUGGAGGAUACCGGGGAGGUUUACACGCUGUAG